AUGGGCUCUAGAGCAGCGACGGCGAUUAUGUCAAGGGCGCAGAGGAUUCAGAUGAAGCUGCAGUCGACCUUGCAAACGACGCUUCUGGAGAUCGAGGACGUUUCGCGUCAGCACGCAGGCCAUGCUGCCAUGAGGGGAAAUACCGCCGGGGAGACUCAUUUCAAUUUGAAGAUCGUGUCUCCCAAAUUCGAGGGCCUCAGCCUUGUGAAUCGCCACCGGCUCGUUUACGAUGCGCUGGCGGAGGAGCUCCAAUCCGGGCUGCAUGCUCUUUCAAUCGUAGCCAAGACGCCGGUGGAAGUUCCCGCCACCAACCAAGUGAAAUAA